CUGAAAAAAAUGCCUGACCAGUCGAAAGCUUCCAAGAAAGGCGGCAAGAAAGCCGUGUCCAAAGCGCAAGCCAAGGGCGGCAAGAAGCGCAGGAGGGCAAGAAGGGAGACUUACUGCAUCUACGUCUACAAGGUAAUGAAACAAGUUCAUCCCGACACCGGCAUCUCCUCGAAGGCCAUGGGCAUUAUGAAUUCGUUCGUGAACGAUAUUUUCGAGCGCAUUGCGGGCGAGGCUUCCCGCCUGGCUCAUUACAACAAGCGUUCGACCAUCACCUCUCGGGAGAUCCAGACCGCCGUGCGCCUGUUGCUGCCCGGGGAACUGGCCAAGCACGCCGUGUCGGAAGGGACAAAGGCGGUGACCAAGUACACCAGCUCCAAGUGAAGUCGCAGGAAGUGCUGAUGGAAACCCAACGGCUCUUUUAAGAGCCACCCACAAUUUCCAUGGAAGAGUUUUGAUCGCACCAAACUUGUCUUUGAAAGCUUUUCCACUCAAAGGUAAUUCUAAUUCUGUUAAUGUUGAGUGAACUUUCCAUCACUUCGUACAAUCCGUUUGUGUCGCGUCCCUGCUUCAUUGCGCUAACACUGACAUUUUGCCCUCCUGCUUCCGUCAGCUUGUCACGAUUUUCCCCCACUCACAAAGCUUUGCACAAAGGAAGGAUUGUGGUGAAGAUGUUUUUGCUGCAAAAGUGAUUUAACUGCUGUGAAUACCGUACACUAACUGGAGUACCCGUGUGUAAAAAGAAACAAACAACGCUGAGUCCCCGAGAUUCACUCGGGCUCCUUUCACACAGUCCACGAAAGACUUUGCUACGGCUGCCGAUUGUAGUUGGUGACCCAUCUACAGUCUGCAUUGUACAUGCAGAUUAAAAUCAGAUAACUUCUCUUACGUGAGGAUUUUACACCCUGUCUUUCUUGUAAAUGAGUGGGGGCGCUGUGAUGGUGAAUCCUAUUCACGGAUAUACAUGUUUUUGGAUUAAAGGAUAAAACUAUAAUCUUGGCGUGCUUUUCAUAAAUUGGGGACUAAGAUUUGAUUGGAGUAUCUCUGAUCCUGUUCGCUCCACAUUGCUCCAGGAAAUUCAUGGCCGAGCGAGAUACCUACACGUUAUUGAUAAAAUAUCUGACACGACAGAAUGAAAGGUCACUCUGAGAAUGAGGAAAUCCUCCCGUGAUCCCCCUCUUUAUAGUUUCUGGAGGAUUGCGGAAGAACACUUACGAUUGGUGGUGCCGCGCCUUCUCCGAACGGUAAUGUGAAGUUACCCAAUCAGCGAGCUCUCCGAUUCUCCAAUGGUCAGAGAAGCGCCGAAAAUAACAGCCGCGCCCCACCGGAAGUUUGAAAAGCCCGCCAAAGAAAAAAACCCGAAAUUAAUGAGUAGUCUAAAGCCUUAAACAAUUACAAAUCUACAUGAUCAUGGAUUUCCUGCAUAGCCAGUUAUAUGAUCUCACUGCACUUCUGACCAUACAGAAUGUUGCAUGACUGACUCUAGGAAUUUGUGGUUCUUUGUGAAAACACAUCAGAUUGUGGAAAGAUCUCUCCUCUCAAACUGUGGAUGGAGUACAGAGCAUUAUGAACAGGUUGCUCUUCUCAAAUUGUGGCUGGAACAGGAGGAUGAGUGGCCUCUGCGGAAGACAAAGGGAUGGGGAUCAGGAGAUGUGGCUGGUGGGGGUGACCCACUGCAGCUGAAGCAUUAACACUUCAUCAAACCCACAGAUGCUGCUCAGUCCACUGUGUUCCUCCAGCAGAGAUUGUUCAAUACACCAGAUUGCAGCAUCUGCAGUCUCAAGUUUCUUUUCACAAGUGGGUACUAUUAAACUCAAUAAAUAAGCCCAGUGGACUUUGUGUAUUCUUUCAGAUGGUUUUCUAGGACAUGCAUUGAGUCAAAGAGCAUGGAAACCGGCCUUUCAACCAACUUGUCCAUUCUUUGUUUUCAGUGAGCUAGUCCUACCUGUUCAUGUUUAGCCCGUAGCCUCAAAAUGUCUCCUUGCCAUCUAUUUAUCUAGAUUGUUUUUAAAUAUUGCUCAUGUGCCUUCCUCAACCACCAUUUCUGGUAUCUCAUUCCAAAUACACUCCACCUUUUGUGUAAAGAAGCUCCUGUUGAUGUCCCUUAGAAAUCUCUGAUCUGAAACUAAUGCUCUCUUGUUAUUAAUACCCCUUCCUUGCAAAUGUACUUUUACCCUCUCUAUGUCCCUCAUGAACUUGUAUACAUC